AUAUGGCGGCCAGUGAUGCAUGUUCAAUGAGAAGGGAUGAUGACGAUCAUCGUUUUCUCUCCGUGCCUCCAUACGUUACUAUGGAAGCGAUGAACUGACGAUGAAAUGCUUUGCUUUUUUUCCCAAAAGACGGAAACGAAAGGAAGUAAUAAGCUGAGCUCAUGCAGAAUGAGCUGAGUUCGAGGUUGAGGACAUUCAAUGAUAAUUCCAAGACAAAUUUUAUGUUAUUAUGAUGAGUAAGAUGGCAUUCUUAAAGCUGUUUAUUCUUCUGGCCUUGCCAUAUACCUGUGUAUCAAAGAGAGGAUUGAGGUAUACCAACACUUGGGCAGUAAAGAUUGAUGGAGAUAUUAAAACUGUAAAGAAUAUUGCUCAAAGGAAUGGAUUUAAUUAUAAAAUGAAGCUUUAUUCCAAUUACCAUCUUUUUGAGCACAAGGAUCUUCCAAAGGUUUCCUCACAUCCAAAUCACAUUCACACAGAUGGUCUGAGCCAAGAACCAAUGGUGAAGUGGUUUGCCCAACAAAUAAGGCAGAAAAAGGCUCUCUAUGAUCAAGCAAUGUCUCUGUCCUUUAAUGAUCCAAGGUGGAGGGACCAGAUGUGGUAUCUGAAUCCUCCUGAUGGCAGAGGAAUGAAUAUUGACAAAGUGUGGCAACAGGGUGUAACUGGAAAAGGGAUUGUUGUUGCAGUUGUUGAUGAUGGCCUACAACAGUCUCAUCCUGACCUUAAAGAUAAUUUUGAUCCUUUAGCAAGUUUAGAUCUGGUUGAUUUUGAUGAAACACCUGAUCCAGAGGGGAAAUUUUCAGGGCAUGGUAACCGCUGUGCUGGAGUGAUUGCAGCUUCUGCUAACAAUACUGAAUGUGGUGUAGGAGUUGCCUUUGACGUCAGCCUUGGAGGUAUUCGUAUUUUUGGAGAAGAAGACGAUGAUCCAACAGAUUCCAUGGAAGCACUAGCUUUAGGAUACAAGCGGGACUACAUAGAUAUCUAUUCAUGCAGUUGGGGUCCAGAAGAUACCGGGUGGGACAUGGAGGGCCCUGGCGAACUUGCAAGAGGCCAACUGGAGGAAGGGACCAAAAUAGGUCGACAUGGCAAGGGAUCAAUCUUUGUCUUUGCUGCUGGAAAUGGAGGACGAGAGUAUGAUAGCUGUGCUUACAAUGGAUAUGCCAACAGUAUAUUUACAAUAACAAUAUCUGGAGUCAGUAGGAAUGGAAGUAUCCCUGGAUAUGCAGAGAGGUGCUCCGCUGUGAUGGCUACCACUUACAGCCAGGAUGAUGCGGAAGGAGUUGACUCAAUUAUUACUUCAGAUCUUAACGGCACCUGCGCAUCAACAUUUGCAGCCACCUCUGCAGCGACUGCAAUGGCUUCUGGGAUCAUAGCGUUAGCGAUGGAAGUCAAUCCGGAGGUCACGUGGCGUGAUAUGCAGCACCUGAUUGCUUAUUCGUCCAACCAUGAUUUGCCUCGUUCUGAUGACUGGAUGCAAAAUGCUGCUGGGCUCUGGGUUAGUAGUUACUUUGGAUUUGGACUCAUGGAUGCAGCGGCUUUGGUAAACUAUUCCAGGGCUUGGCAUACAGUGCCAGAACAGAUCAAAUGCGAGAUUCCUCGGCCCAGACUGAACAGAUUUUUGGGGCAGUAUGGCGACACGGAAGUGACUCUGAACGUGUCCAAAUAUAGCUGUGGUGGCGAGAACACUAUCCAGUACUUGGAACACGUGGUCGUUAUAAUCCAGGCCAGGUUUGACAGGCGUGGUUAUCUUGAAGGGAAUUUGACCUCGCCUCGAGGGACCACAUCCCAGAUCCUUCCCUAUCGUGCAAAUGACGUAAUUGCGACAGAUUUCAAUAACUGGCCGAUGCUCAGCCUGCAGUUUUGGGGAGAAAAUCCUGAAGGGGCUUGGAAUCUAAGAUUUAGGAACCAUUUUCCAGCCCACGAAUUUUCAGGUUAUUUGUUUAAUUGGACCCUUGUUCUUUACGGAACAGCUAGUGAUCCGUUGGAAAAGAAUCCUCAUGUAUCAAGACCUUUCACCACGAGGAUAAACGUGACCACAAGUACAGAAGUCAUGCCGGGUACUGCUGUUCCUGUUGCUCGCCAUGAAGGCUUGUCGAAGACAGAAAUAGCUUUGAUGAGCAGCGCCGCCGUUAUUGCUUUGAUUAUUGUUAUUUUAGCUUUGGCUUAUUGUAAGUUUAGAGUUUGUCGACGAAAAUCAAGGGCCGAUAAACCAUCCAACCACAUCAAGUUUUCAGCGUUAAGUCGCACUUCGACAGAAGCUGCAAGGGAAGAAUCCACGCAAAGUGUUUAACUGAACGAAGCAGGCAAGUUAUCUCCACGUUCGGUAACUGUUCCUAUCCUUCACAGUAGGUAGAGGAAGGAAUGGCACAAAGAAAAAACGUUUGUAAACCGAACCCUCAGAGCCACUCAUAAAGAUGAGUUAGAUCUCGGGAGGAUUUGGAAAUGAUUCAGAAGGAAAACGGGUUGCGGUAUUGAAUAUUGCUUUGUGGUCAAUUUAUGAGAGGACUGAGGUCAUCAUUACAAUGCAUAUAGACAAAUGUUAGUUAUAAAACGGAAUAAAUAAGGAAAUAUUUAAUGAUGUUGCAGUUGUGAUUUAGCGUCGGGGAGAAGCUGGUGAAGA